AAUGAAUAUUGUAAACAACAGACAGCUAACCGCAGCAGAGUUGUUUCAUAUAGGAAAAUCGGAAAGUCGAGAUCAUCUCAACAGUAACUUGUUACAAGCAGAACAUUUAUAUGAUUUCUCUCAUAUUAUUGUUGGUGAAGCUAUAGAACAUUUUGUCGGGAUUAUUUCUGUGUGUGCUACGAGUGCGACAGGACAUUUUUUCUGUUGGAAAAAGGAAACCAAGCACAAGACAAGAAGAUGAAGUGGGAGUUCAAAGAGGAACAUUCGGAAGACCACAGGACAUCAGAGUCCUCCAAGAUCCGAUUCAAAUAUCCAGAAAGGAUUCCCGUCAUCGUCCAGAAAGCGCCAAAGUCCCAGAUCCCUGACAUCGACAAAAGGAAAUUCCUGAUUCCUGCUGACAUCACAGUGGCCCAGUUUAUGUGGAUUAUCAGAAAGAGGAUACAGCUGCCUGCCGAAAAAGCCAUCUUUUUAUUUGUUGGCAAAGUACUCCCACAGUCAAGUGCCACUAUGGGCCAGAUCUACCAGGAGCACCGGGAUUCGGAUGGAUUCCUCUACGUUGCCUACAGUGGGGAGAACACCUUUGGAGCUCCCUCACUAUGAGGAGCCAGGAUGGAUCCCUCUCUUGCCAUGUCCAGGGGACCCCUUCUCCUUGCAUGGAGAACCACAGUGACUGAAACUGGAGAUUGAGAACUUCUUGUUAGACUUUGGAAGAAAGAGCAAGCUGUGGCAGCAAAAGCCGUGGAAAUCGAUACCCAUGCGGGGUCAUUACCAGACCCAAUCAUUCUAAGUGCGGAGAACAGUACCAUGAAGAAAUUUUACAACGAUAUGAUUUCCUUGAUGAUUUUACUUCACACUCAUAUGGGAAAUGCUUCCUCUUUUUUCUUUUUAUUUUCUGAGCAAAAUAAUUGGGUUUUUUUACUAUUUGAAAGGAGUUUAAUGCAGCUCUGAAUUACCACUUGUAAGUAGUGUGUUGCUUCAUACCUUUUGGAGUUUGGUAUGUUGUGAGGAUAAGUAUAUUUAAGGCUAAGUUCUAUGAUGAUGAUCAUGAUGAACUCUGGUAAUCCUACAUGUCUCUAUGUACACCAGAAAAAUAUACAAUGUGUGUAAAUUGAUCUCACCAUUUGAGAGAUUUCUUCAAGUGUUAUUUUCCUCCAAACUCCAAAUUGAUAGUUUAGAAAAAAACAAUUAAAUAAUUACAAUUUUUCUUGAGUUAUGGUGUCGUAACUUCACUGUAUUUUUUAUGCUUUAUUGCAUUUUGAAUUGUAUAGUACUGUACAAGUAAACACAAACGUAUUGACCUGGAAGUAGUGUUGAACACAUCAUCUGAAACCAUGUCGUUCACAUCGAAUCUGAUUCCAUCUGAGGCAUUGUUUUGCAGGUCAUCCAUCCGUCCUUCCCUCCAUGCGUCUGUCCAUCCUUCUCGUUUUCAUUCUCCUGAUAACUAAAGAACUGCUUGAGGGUUAAACUUCAUUGUUGGUUCAUUUAGGUGUACAGAAUGGAUAAUGAUCUGUUAAAAUUUUGAGGUCAGAGAUCAUUCUAUACAUUUUAUCUGAAAAUAUCUUGAUCUUGUAACAACUUGGAGAACCGGUUAUGGGUUAAAAUUUAAACUUUGCUCAUGUAGUUUUUGUAUGCGAGUGGGGAUGAUUUGAUUAGAUUUUGAGGUCAAAGUUCGCAGAGGUCAUUAUUCAAAAUGUGAGGUGAUAGGUGUGUGAUAUAUACUUGAUCUGCGAAUGACUGAGGCAUAAAUUUUGAAUGCCUGCGGAUGAAACUCCAUCUAGUUUUCACUUCAAUUAAUGCAUUGAAUACACCAAAAUAUCAUCCUAUAAUCAAAGCACUCAUACGUGUAGGCUAGUAUGUCAUAGGGGGCUAAUUUAUGGUUACUCUGUAUAUUUGACCAGCCACCCCAAAACCAACAAAAUGUUACCAAAAUUAAUUUUGAGAUUUUCAUUAAGCCUUGAAAAAGUUCAAAAUUGAUAACCAUCACAAAAAUAUGAAGACAAGGUUUGAAAUUUGGGGUUCAUUACAAGCAGUCGGCAAAGAAAAUAGUGCCAAAGAAACUCCUGUAUAAUUUUUACAUUUUGAAGACCAAAUCACCAUUUUGGCUAUUUACCAAGAACCUGCACUGGGGACUUAUCAUUAGUUUUGGGGGUGGCUGGUCAUAUACUCUAUGUGUUGAUUCCACUGUUCGUAGUUUCUAAAAGCAAAAAAAAUUAUUAACAUCUUUUGUUAAUUCGGUGGCAGACUCCCCCCCCCCCCCUUUGAAAGUCACAUCAAAUAUUUGUAAUGGGAAUAUGAAUACUGUGUAUAUCGUUCAUACACAAAUGAGGACCUUUUUUGCUUGUAAAUUUUUUUAAAGGAAAUCCUGGUUCUGCCCCAUGCAUUAACACUAGAGUAAUAAGCAUGAAUUUAGUGCAGUGUGACCAAAGUAUAUAGCCAUUAGUGAAGCCUUUCUCUAUAUAUGGACUUGAUUAUUUUUUUUUUAUUAAUGCAUGAACUCUGGUUUCAGACCAAUGAUUUAAACCCGUAUUUGCAUCUCAACUAUUAUGUAGUGUACAUUUACCCAACUAAUACUGUGUGUAGUGCAAUACAUGAUGUAUGUCAUUUAUGAAACUUAGAGGCCAACAGAAUCAAUUUACUAACAGAUAAUCUGUUUUUUUUUUACUUAGAAAUAGAAUAUUGAGCCAAAAACUGAUUCGUAUGUUAUUAAUUUAAACAGAAAAACAGGCAUUUUUCAUUAAUUUGUAUCCAGGCAAAAAAAAUCAAGCAUUGGAAUUUCCAGUUCAUCAUUGUCUAAAAAUUGAUUUUUUGUAUUUUUUUCUGUGUAAGGAAAUCCAACAGCCUUUUUUUUAAAACUUUUUUGUUUGUUUUGUAUUAAAAUUUAAUCAUGUGCCAUGCCAAUUUCAUAUUUUCUGACAAUCCAGUACAACUUGUCAAGCUAAAAUUGUUAAAAAUGUUGCCAAACUGUAUAAGUUAUUAAAUCCAAGUUAUAGAAUUUAGUAUAUAUGUAGGUGGUGACUUGUAGACUUCCAUAUCAGACCACUGCUGACGUUUUGCGUAACAGCAUCGGACUCUUAUAAAGGCAAAGACAAAAACUGCAUGCAGCCUCCGCUUUUAUCAUGGGCAGUCAAAACAAUGCUACAAUCAUAUCUGGUUUAAAGAGGCCACCUGCGUUGAAGUAUCAUUUGUCUGCUUAUAUGUAAGUUUGGUUUAGUAUUCUCCAUUGAAAUAAGUAUUUACACUACAGGAACUUGUCUGUAUGACCAGCUGCUCAUAUAAUCAAUCGUUUUCUUUUCUCGGUCGAUAAAAAGAAGCAAGUAACUAAACCAAACUAAUACCUCGGUCACAUUUGCUCUAUGGGGGCCGUACGGCGAGUCGAAAACAGCCAUUUUAUUCAUUUUUAUUCAAACCACCUUAUGGAGCUGUUACCACAAAAAAGGUACCGUAAAGCAAAUGUGACCGAGGUACAUGUAUUACAUCCCAACCAUUCCAUUUUCGGAACACAUCCAGAGGUGGACUCGGUCCGAGCUGGCCUCAGUCCUGCUUUUAAAACUGGUGGUAUUGCACGUGUCGAGCCGCCCCCAGGGCCGUAUGUGUAACAUCACCCUUACAUGUAGAUGUUUUAGAUGCAGAAAUUUUGGUAAUUCCCUCUCAUGUACUAACAUGUAACCGGGGUCCCGUAACACAAAGGUUAGCGAUUAAUCGUACGCUUGAUUUUCAUGAUCGACUGUACGUUGUAGUCAAUGCAAUCAAUCAUAAAAAGGUGCUAUGAUGAUUGCUGAGUUUUGUGAUAUGAACCCCCAGAUAUUUUUUCGUUAUGAGACAGCUGGUCACAAAUAUGUUCAGCUUAACAGUGCCUUUUUUUAUUGAUUGCAGAUAUUUGUAGCUUUUUUUAUGGUUCAUUUUCACAUUUCACUUUUUUUUGUGUGCAUUUUACAUUUAGGCAAGUGUAUCACUCACAUGAAACUAUUGCUUUCUUUGUAAUAUAAUUUUUGAAAAUGAAUAGAAUGUGUUGCCAUUGCAGAAUAAUGAUAUUCAUAUUUACAGUCAGUUGCUAUAUAAUGUUGCUUUUUAAAUAUUGCCUAAUUUCAUUCAUGGUGCGCAUUUAUAAUGUAUAUCAGAAAGUUUUUUUUUACAAAUAACCAUUUGGUGCUCCCCUCUUGUCCCCAUGUUGACCCUCUUUCUCCUGUCUCUCUCUCUCUCUCUCUCGCUCUACUCUGUCUUCUCACCCCCCCCCAUCUUUAUGUACUCAGUUUAAUGAUACAUGCACAGAAGGGUACAUUUAGGUACAUGUAUUAUAGAAAAUAUAUUUUUCAUGUUGUGAUUGCCAAUUUGACAUGAUAAUGCCAACAUUCCAAGCCAGGUUCAGUGCAGAGCUCAUCUCAUACAAUAAACUUUGUGUAAUAAAGCGAGGGUACCGACAAUCAGGGUUUGGUAACUGACAACGUGCAUAUAUGUACAAGAGAAUCCAACAGCAGGGACCUGUUAAACAAAGGUUAUCAAUUAAUCGCUAAGUGGAAUGGCCUAUCAAGACCAACGUUGCAUUCGCAUUUUGCUUAGUUGCCUGACUAGGUAGGAACCAAUCAGUAUUGUUCCUUGAAAAUUAGUGAUUAAUCGCUAAUCUCUGUGGUACGGGGCCAUAAUCAAGUCAUGGAAAUAAAGGAUUUGGUAUUAUUAAAAUUUAAGCUGCAUGAUGAUAAAUAACUGAUUAUUUUUUAAAGAUUUUUUUUUUUUACAAUCUCAUCUAAUUGGUGUUGUCUCAAAGCAUAAAUGGCAGGGGGGCACCCCAUGAUUUUUCAAGUUUGGUAGAAAAAAGAGAACGGGAGGGGGAUGUCACCUUUGGUUUGUCUCCCCCCCCAUCAAUUUACCAUGGCCCCAUCACUUUCUACCGGUAAUUUACAGGAAUAUUCAUGUGAUUGAUUUGUAAAAUAGAUGACACUGUCAGGCUAAAGAUGAUGUUACAAGAAAUAUAAUGGUAUUUAUUUGUAAUUGAUUGAAAAUUUCUUUUGUAAAUUCGAAACUGCAGAACCAAAAGCUUCUUUGUUUUCAAAUCUACCCCAAAAAUUAUGAAAUACACAAAAUAGAACUUUGAUUACAUUUUCAGUGCUAAGCUUGUUUGAUUUUUUUUUCAAUUCAAGUCAACCCCUUGCUGGGCAUGCAGGGCUUGACCUCUAUUCAUACCUGCAGGCCCCAAUUUGAAUUUGCAUUUUGAAGAUGAAAUAAUAUAGAUUAAUGAAAAUUUAUGGUUUUUGAAAUAUUUUACUUGAUCAGGCUCUCAUUAAAUUACCAAAUCUCUGAUAUUAAGGAAAAAUUCCCAUAUGUGUGUAAUGUGCAUACAUUUAUCAUGUACAUAUGUAAUGAAUACAUCAAAAUUAUGAAGAAGAUAUUUAUGUACUAAAAGUUUAAAAGACUCUAGUUUAUAUAUCAUACAAGUGCAGUUUUUAUGACAAUAAUAUAUGGUGUUUUUGUUAUUGUACCAUAUUUGAUCUUAUCAUUCCAUUUUUCCUCAGAAAUAAUCUCAUAUUUUAUCCGAUUGUGAUUGAAUUGAAAAAAAAUGAAUUGAUUAUAGUGUGUAAAUAGACUAAUAGAUAAUUGAAUUGCAUACUUUAUUGGAUGUGUGAAUGAAAUGAAGGUUAUAAAUAAAUAAUGGU